UGUGGAACAGUGAACACAAACAAAUUCAUGCCUGAAAGAACACCAACACAAACUCCAAGAAAGAACGAAUUAAACUUGGAUUAACAAUGUCUCCUCAACCUCUUUGAUUCCCCAUGGAGAGUUCUACGUGAGGAUAUCAGCUGGAUCUCUUUGACCAAAUGGAGGCACAAUGCCUUUGUUCUCUCCACAGUUCUCGGCAUCUGCUCAGUGCUGCACGAUCUGGACCGCAGCGAGCGCAUGCACUAGCAGAUCCAGCGGCAGCAGGGUGAUCUUGAGGUGGUCUUGAGAUCUCUGGCCGCCGAGAGUGUGUGACACGAUCUGAUGCGGGAUGCCCAGGACAAAUCCUCUCCGCCCAUGCCAAAUGCCGUGUUUUCGCCGUGCCCAAGAACCCUAAAAUCUGGAAGAAAGGAGUGGAGAUUUUCCUUGUUCCUUCCACUCCGCGACGCGUUUGCGCGCAAGCUUAAGCAAGGCGCGAUCUCGCUAGGGCAGCGGCAGCGAUCGAUCGGCUAUGGAGCAUUUCGCGAAGGCGAAGACGGUCCGGCUGAGGAGCUCGCACGGGAAGUACCUGUGGGCCGAGGAAGACAUGGUGGGCGUGUCGCAGGAGCGCGAUUCCGGUGAGAUGGCGGUGUGGGAGGUGGAGAUCGCCGAGAGCUCUGGGGAAGACUGUGGUGUGGUCCGGCUCAAGAGCGCGCUGGGCUGCUACCUCACGGCCUCGGACGAGCACUUCCUCCUGGGAAUGACGGGCAAGAAGGUGUUGCAGAGCGCGCGCGACAAUCAAUCGCUGGAAUCGCUGGUGGAGUGGGAGCCCAUCGCGGCGGGCGAGGUAGGCUCUUUUGUCAAGCUCAAGACGCGCCAUGGCAACUUCCUGCGCGGCAAUGGCGGGAUUCCUCCAUGGAGGAACUCGGUCACGCACGACGUGCCCGUAAGAUCUGCGACCCAGAGCUGGCUCCUCUGGGAGGUGGAGGUGGUCGAAUCCAAGACCCAACACCAGCACCAACACCACCAGCGAUCCAAGAGCUCCUUCUCGGCGACGCCCCAGCUCUCUUUCAAGAUCCCCAAAUCCGAGGGGAGGCUCAUACGCUACGCGGUGGUGUGGGACAAGAGCGAAACCAUUCCAGUUCCUUGCAAGGAGUGGCCCAGAUUUCACUUCCACGGGGGUAAUACUCUCGCGGAUCUCACCACCGCGAUCAAGGAGGAGCUGGGGCUUGAUCCGAGCGAAGAGGUGCUCGUCUGCUCUAGGCACGAUGCCAGCGGCAAGAUCUUCCCGCUCAAGCUUGGGCUUCCCCCAAACAAUGCGCCUAUGAGCCUGGUGAUUGUCAGGUCUCCUCCUCCACAAUGAUACCAGCAGACCUUGUUUUCACCAUCGCCAUGCUCGCUGAAGCGUACCUAGAUCGAGCACAAAAUGUUCAAUAUACUAGAGUUAGACAGGGAUCCCCCUCUCCCCCACACUA